AUGUUAAAUGUACCAAACAUAUUGUGCAAUCCCAAAAACAACACCCUACAUAUGACACGAUGCGACUACGACGUGGUAUUCUACAGGGUGUUCUGUGUCACACUUCUGGCUAUAGCCUUCACUUUCACUCUUAUACUUACCAAUGUAUUCAUAGACAUUGAUGGACUACUUGCUAGCAAAAAAGAUAAACACAAUAUCCAUAUGAAUGAUAAAAUAAUUCGCGAUGAGUUCACAUCGGAAGCCACGGAUAAUAACUAUGAAAUAAAUUACGGUGAAAAUGAUGACACGUAUAGAACUAAACGAUCUACAGAAACCCAAAGCUUCUUAUUCCACAUAAAAAAUCCGAAAAUCAAAAAUGUAUUAGCCAACCGUCUAUCAACGUUACUUGAAGAACUAGAUGCCGAAGAAUCUAUGAAUAACAACAAACCUAAUAAAGAUAAAAAGAUCGUUAUAGAUGCACAUAGAGAUGCACAAGUCAUUGUUGCACCUAAGGUGCAAGUAGAUGAGAAGAAGAAGAAAGCAGAAGAUCUGUUGCAUCUUACAGUACAUAAUAUACUACUACAAGGCAUCAUUGGACAUAUGGAUUUGAAUGAAGUUUACAAAAAAGUUUAUGCUUUGAUGACGAAUUUACAUGAGGUUCCUGAUAAAAAAGGCAGUUUAACAACUAGACCAGAGGAAACAGAAAGAGUUGGAGAUGAAACUAAACUACUGCCGAAACCAAUAGAAGAUAGGUUUAUUGCUGAAAUACUUAACUGCAAUGAACUAAAAGAGCAGAUCGAGAGAGCUGGUAAAACAGAUGAAGGCGUUAUUAAGAAAUCAAUCAAAGUUAAAGGACCACCGAAUAUGGUAAUCAAAACUAUAAUAGACAUAACAUCUGACGGGAAUGAUCCCGUCAAAGAAAAUGAUACCAAAUCCUCAAAAGAAAACAUAAAAGGCAUUAUAGAAGUAAUUUACAAUGGAAAGAAAAUGAAAUUCAGUCGACCCGAAGCCGAUAUUUCAACAGCGCCACCGUCAUUACCAAUAAAAAGGAUACCAUUAACAUCAAAACCAAAGAAACCUGUCAAACUAAAAAUACGUAUACCAGAAACAACCACUGCAAAAUAUGAUAUCAACAGCAUACCUAAAGCUCACAUCGACAAAUUCAUUGAAGAAUAUUUCAAACGGUUUCCCCGCGAUAACAAAGAAACCAAUGAUAUUAACGAACACGAAACCAAAAGAUUAAAACGACACGUCAAACUUAAGAAAAAGCAUGAACACAAGAACAAACAUAAAAAGGAAGAUCAAGAUGACGAAUUGUAUGUAGAAAUAGAAACGCAUUUCGACAGCAAAGGCAUGCAAGGGGAAAAGAAAAAGAAACUCAUUCGGAACUUAAUAGAUAAGAUACAAAAUGCAAUACACUCGAAUGCGGACUCUAAGCCAGAUACAAAUAAGGAGAAUCCUGUUAAAAAGCGCAGAAAACUUCAUUUUAAGAAACGGAUACAGGAUCCUUUAAAACACGCUAAUCAUGAUCACGUUUUGGUCAACAAAUAUUCUAUACCUUUGGAUAGUAUUAUUCAUAGACAGCUUCACCCUAUAAGUAAAACAGUGCCCAUGCAAGAAAGUUCACCAGCUAUCGGGACAAAUACUGGCGAAGAGUGGAGAAAACCAUUCUUUGGUCCUACUUUUCUAACAAAUACUAAAAGCAUUAAUUCAGCAGAAAUGAGCGAAGUCGAAGUAGACUAUAACAGAGUUCUAGACAUAAAUGGAGUACCACAGAGACUACAAUUGCCAUUAAACGUUGAACUUAGCGACGAAACUUAUGAUACGAAGUCGUAUUAUGAUGUAGGAAAAAUGAAAUUCUUUAUUAAAGACAUCGAUGGCUCCGGAUUUUCAGUUGGUUUCAAUCAAUACGUUGAUCAAGCCCCCGACAGUGAAACUAUGAGACUGUUUACUGGUCUGGAAAAUGUCCUUAAGACUUACCAUCAAACUUACGAUCCAAACAAUGAUCCAGUAACUACUACUGAAACAAUUUUAAAUCAAGAUUUUAAUGAAGGACAAUAUGGUGCAUUAACUCCUAACGAUGAGCAUAUAAUAGAACGCCGAUCUCUCAAAAAUAAAGGUGACUACCAUUCCAAUGAAUACAAAGUAAUAUAUGAUCAUAAUUUCAUGCCUUAUGAUGACUAUCGAGAUAUAUUUGAUAAUAAUAUUAUAAAAACAGAAAAAAGCCCUUACAGUCCCAAAAACCAUUACAAAGAACUGCCUUUAGUGGUUGAUGAAAAUAUAUUUGAUAAAAACCUGAAACCAGCAGAAAUAUUUGGCUUAGCAAAUCUAUUUGAGCGCAAAAAGCGAUCGAUUAAUGUCAAAAAGAUAUCAAACUUGAACAGCAAAAUAAAAUUGAGCAGAUAUUUGAACACAAAAGCGAUGGCGACUAAGAGAAUAUUCUUAAACAAGAAACGGAAUAAAAGACAGAUUAAUAAGAUCCGGAUUAUUGCAACAGAUCUCCCACACAUAUCGAAACAUUCAGACGAAAAUGUUUUUGUAGUGUCUGAUGAAAACGUUUUCGCUGACAGAGCUAUUGUCAAAGAAGUAGAGACUUCUGAAGCUGAACAUGAUAAACAAGAUGAUGACUUUGUACCAGUCUAUCAAUCUGAAGAUACCUUGCCGCAGACAUUCGUCACUAAAAUAUUCGACGGCCGAUCGAGACACAAUCCACUGAUGUCCAAAUACCCUCACAUAUUCAUGGAAGAGAUUUCCAGAUCAAGAGAGGAAUACUUACCAAAUAACGCGUUGUUAUUUGGCAAAAUCCCCGGACUCAGCAAGAUUAGUGAAAACCUUGAUACUGAAAAAACUGAUGAAAAAAUUGAAGUAGUUACUACCACAACUAACGAUACAGACCCAAACAUGAUAAAAGAACAAGAUAUAGUCAACGCGUUACUAGAACCAUCUCCAAAAGCUAACUAUAAGGUAACUGUCAAAAUAAUACCAAAAAAUUCAACAGGUCUCCAUUCAGGAUUCAAAGAAGUACACACAAGUAUAAAUAAAAGAUUUAAUAAAAAUGGACUGUUGUACUCUUCGUUAGUAAACGUAUCAGAAAUAUCUAAAAUUACGAAACUCAACAGAUCUAAAUCUGAUGGAUCAGUGGAUUUGGAUCACAAAGACCAUCACGAAACAUCAAUGUCUAAGAAAAUCAGAGAUCAACAGGAAAGGAUGCAGUUUUUGCUAAAACAGCACGCGAAACAUAUAAACGAACAACUCAAUAGGUUAAAAAAGGAAAAGUCUAACCUAGAAUCGUUGAUAGAAAGUGAUAAUAUUACUGAAAUUAAAUAUAUUGAUUACGAUGAGUCAAAUGCUUAUCCUAAAAAAUAUAUACCACCUACUAAAGAAGAUACUACAGUUACAACACCAGUGGUACAAACGACAGCUGUGACUUCUAAACCUAAAGAACAUACGACAGUUACUACAGUACAUACGACGGUACCUACGACAACACAGCACACGACAACACCAGCCAAGGAUCUAUCAGAUAAAGUAAAAAGAAACUUAAUAACAUCAAUAGAACGAAACGGCAACUUAACAGACCAGAUUUUAAAGAAGAUAGAUAGAAAUACAGAGAUUUUACAAGCGUUUUUAAAGAAAUUGACGGAAAAAAUACAUGUGAUCACUCCAGCACCUGUAACAGAACAUAUUAUAAAGCCAACAACUGUGACAUAUAAGCCGGUACAUAAGAAAAAUGAGAACAUACCACAUGAAUGGAAUCACCAAGGCAUACCAUUCCACCAGAAUAUGAUGAUUAGAAAGAAUGAGUCCCACAUAACGAUACCGUUCGUCUACGCAUUACAACAACCUAUUUUACCACAACAUAAAACGAAUAUUCCUAUGGCUAUGGCUAACGUAGUCUACCACGGACAUAUACAUACAAAUGCCGGUCAUAUAGAACAAAGUCAUAAUCUCGUACACACAGAUAAAGAUAAACCUAAAAUCGUUAACAAGAUAGAAUCGAAUAAUCAGUCUCGAUUUUUUAUCGAUGAGCUAGAAAACGAUUAUAAGGUCAUCCAAGUAGGUGAUGUUAAAAAGAAUCGGGAGUAUAAUAUGGUCAAUUUAAAUGGUACUUUGGCUUAAGUUUUUGAUUUUGUUUUUAGAUGCUAAGUAUGUAUUUAUUUGUAUGG